GGUGAAAAUAUGAUUUUUCACUUUUUUCCUAAUUUUCAAUUUAAAGAUUUUUACAUCACUCUUUACAUAGAUAUAAAUAUAAAUAGUUGACGGUGCUUUUGGUUUACCAGAGAAGGAAAAAGAAAUUCUAGUUAUAUGUGCGCAAACGUCGCAAACACCUUCAGGGAAAAGGUUGUAGCAUAGAAUUUGUGAUUUAUCCGAUAGUCAUAUUUUUCUGUGUGCGCAUGAAGGAAUUUGACAUUUAUCAGUGGUGAUGUGCAUAGAAUUUUUGUGACUGAAAGGUGUUCAUCGCUAGGGUUUUUUGUAUUUUGCAAUUUCUGUGCAUAGUUCGUUUGGUUUUUGAUUAGUUCUGAAGGUUCGAGUAGCGGGAGUGGUGCUGUGUAGUGUGUAGUGAGCGGUAACAGAAUGGUUACGAGUUGAAAAUCGUGUUUUCGUUUAAAAUGAAUCUACAGUGACCAAACAAAUUGAAAUUCUUGUGAUAUUUUCUAAAAUAUGUGUACAGUUCAUAGUUAGCCAAAAUGUUUCGUUGUAUACCUAUAUUUAAAGGCUGCAACAGACAAGUCGAGAGUGUUGAUAAAAGACAUUGCUCGCUUCCCAAUGUUCCAGAGGAUAUUUUACGGUAUUCAAGAAGCUUGGAAGAGCUUUUAUUAGAUGCUAAUCAUAUACGUGACCUUCCAAAGAAUUUCUUUCGCCUUCAUAGGCUAAGAAAAUUAGGACUGAGUGAUAAUGAAAUUAACAAUUUACCGCCUGAUAUACAAAAUUUCGAGAACCUUGUUGAAUUGGAUGUCUCAAGAAACGAUAUCCAAGACAUCCCCGAGAGCAUCGGUUCUCUCAGGGCGCUGCAGAUGGCCGACUUCAGUUCGAAUCCGAUCGCCAGGCUACCGCCCGCCUUCAGCAAGCUGAAGUCGCUCAGCGUCCUGGGCCUGAACGACAUGUCCCUGACUUCGUUACCGUCCGACUUCGGCACUUUGACAUCCCUAACGUCGUUAGAACUGAGGGAGAAUCUGCUCAAGGAACUGCCAGCCUCCAUCAGCGAGCUAUCGAAGUUGGAGAGGCUGGAUUUGGGAGACAAUGAGAUCGAAUCACUGCCAGUACACAUAGGCAAACUACCCGCGCUGACCGAGCUUUGGCUCGACCACAACCAGCUCCAGAAGUUGCCGCCCGAGAUCGGGCAGCUACGCAACCUCGCUUUCAUGGACCUGUCCGAGAACCGGCUGGAGUACCUCCCAGAGGACAUAGCCGGCCUGGAGAGCCUCACGGACCUCCAUCUCUCGCAGAACGCGAUCGAAUCGCUUCCGGACGGCAUCGGGAAGCUGGAGAAACUGACGAUACUGAAGGUGGACCAGAACAGAAUGACCAGCCUGAACGCGAACAUCGGCAAGUGCCGCAACCUGCAAGAGCUGAUACUUACCGAAAACUACCUGGCCGAGCUUCCCCACGAGAUCGGCAACCUGGUGAAGUUGACGAACUUGAACGCGGACAAGAACGCGCUCAUGGGGAUUCCUGAAGAGAUAGGAAAUCUGAAAGAACUGGGCGUGCUGAGUCUGCGCGACAACCGACUCGUCCUGCUGCCCGACACGAUCGGCGACUGCAUGCGUCUGCGCGUGCUCGACGUGUCCGGCAACAGACUGCCUCACCUUCCCUACAAGCUGCUCCAGCUGAGUCUCAAGGCCGUGUGGCUCAGCGAGAACCAAUCGCAGCCCUUGCUCACCUUCCAGACAGACACGGACCCGGAUACGGGAGCCACUGUGCUCACCUGUUUCAUGCUGCCGCAACAGGAGUACCAACCGACAAUAGCUUCUUCCGAUGGCCGCUUGUAUCGCUGCAACUACUCCUCCGGCCUGUCUAACGGAACCUUAACCGUUGCCACAGAUGGCGGCAACUACACCGACGAGGACGAGGACUGGGAGGAGAAGGAGGCCAGCAGGACCCACUCGGUCAAGUUCACCGAUCCGCAGGACCAGGACAACAGAGAGACCCAAUUCGUUCGUCAGAACACCCCCCACCCCAGAGAACUCAAGGCCAAAGCACACAAGCUGUUCAACAAGGGCCAGAACAGCUUGGACGACAGCGAGACCAUCCACAACAUCACCAACACCUCCGCCGCAGAAGAUCUGAACACCACGGAAACGGUGGACAACCCAGUGUUCACCAACCUUCCGGUGGUGAUCCAGCAGAACGAGGCGGACCUGGUGAUCGGCAACGGACCUACCGUUGGGAUCAUCGAGGAGCCAAGCGCGGAGGAAGAUACAGAAGAUGAGGAAUCACAGAAGCACGUCGGGUUCACAGAGGGUGCGGCAGCAGGGGACGCAGACGCACGUCCAAGCCGGUUGCACCGUCGCGACACCCCCCACCACCUCAAGAACAAACGGAUCAACGUGGCACCCAUCGACAAAGACAAGGUGGCUUCCAUCAUUGCGCAGGCAAUGAAAAGUCGAAAAGAAGACGACGGAAGUACUGAUAGACUUAGCGUUUCCACACCACCCGACAGCAUUGGUGAGCGUAGCUACAGCAGCAGUCAAGCUGGCGAUUCCGACGUGGCAGUGGAACUUCGAGAAGAAAAAUACGAAAUACAUAUCGAACGAUCACAGGCCGGACUUGGCCUUUCCAUAGCAGGUGGAAGGGGCUCGACACCCUUCAAGGGUGACGACGAGGGUAUCUUUAUAUCCAGGGUAACCGAGGGUGGGCCAGCAGACCUGGCGGGUUUGAAAGUCGGCGACAAAGUCUUAACAGUCAACGGGGUCUCAGUCCUAGAAGUAAGCCAUUACGACGCUGUCGAAGUCCUAAAAGCCUCGGGCAACGUCCUGAUACUCGAAGUCAUCAGGGAGGUAACCCGACUUGUCAAGGACGUCAAAUACAAGAGCGAGCCAGUUAAUCUGAACGUGACCCAAAAGGUAGAGGCUAAGAAGGCGCCUCCCUCCCCUCUUCCUCCGAUAGAGGACGACAAGGUCCUCCAGAGGGUCCUGAUCAACACCACCCUGAUACGGGAUUCGAGAGGGCUGGGUUUCAGCAUUGCAGGGGGCAAGGGUUCGCAGCCCUUCAAGCUUGACUCGGACGCCAUUUUCAUCUCCAGGAUUACGGAGGGGGGCGUCGCCCAUAAAGACGGAAAAUUGUCUAUAGGCGACAAGGUCGUCUCCAUAAAUGGCGUUGACCUUACCGGCGCCACCCACGACCAGGCUGUCGCUAUGUUGACAGGUUUGGAACGUUUCGUAAGGCUGGUGGUGGAGAGAGAGGUGGCUGUGUCUAAGAAUAGCCCGCAAGCCUCGCCAGGUCCUCAACAGAGCCCUAGGUUGUUCGGUUUGCCGAAACCUUACACUGGGCUCUACUCUGCCAACAGUUAUAUGGCCAAUAGGCCCGGUUACGCUGGAUACAGAAGGAGCUAUGAUGGAGACAGACGGACCCCUGAAUCUUCUCCAAAACCAGAACUACCCAAAACCAACGGAAUCGACGCUUCGAUGAAGACGCCCGUCGGCGACCAUCCUAAACCAGCGCCGAGACGUCUAACUCAGAACGACACCCAACCCCUAGCAGCAUCCCCACCACCAACGGUCACAAACGCGCCGAAACAUGUUCCUCAGCAGCCAGCCAACCACGUGCACCCCGAUGACGUCCCGCAGGUCAAUCACAAAAAGGCCACGCCCACAUCCUCCUUGGAGGGGGAUGACGUACAGGUACUGCCGAGGCCUAUCACGAACGAGGAGUUCCAAGCCAUGAUUCCCGAUCAUUUCCUUAAAAAAAAUCCCUCAGUCAAUGUUGUAACUCAUCCCGAUACGGUCGGACAGACCGUCACGGUCACGGUCAAAAGACCCGACCCCCCCAUAGAGCUCCCUCCUGCCCCCACGGGGCCGGGGAGGGUUACCGAAACCAUCACGAAGAGCACUUUCACCGAAACGACCGUUACUCGCAUCACAGAUAACAAACUGGCAGUCCCGCUGAUCGUCGAGGACGUAAUACUGAGCAAAGCAGAAGGAUCCUUGGGUUUCAGCAUCAUCGGUGGAACAGAUCAUUCCAGUAUUCCUUUCGGUGCUAAAGAGCCUGGCAUAUUCAUAUCACAUAUGGUACCAGGAGGCACUGCAGCCAAUUCUGGUAAACUUAGGGUGGGGGAUAGAAUUCUAAAGGUCAAUGGAACUGAUGUAACCCAUGCAACUCAUCAAGAGGCUGUAAUGGAACUUCUCAGGCCUGGAGACUCAAUUAUUCUUACAGUGCGACAUGAUCCCCUUCCUGAAGGAUAUCAAGAAUUGCUACUAGAGAAGGGCGAUAAUGAAAAAUUAGGCAUGCAUAUCAAAGGAGGCUUGCAUGGACAGAGAGGCAACCCAUUGGACAGAUCAGAUGAGGGCGUCUUCAUCUCCAAGAUAAACUCCGUUGGAGCCGCUAGAAGAGACGGAAGGCUCAAGACUGGCAUGAGACUGAUAGAAGUUAACGGUAGAAGCUUGUUAGGAGCCACCCAUCAAGAGGCUGUAAAUGCGUUAAGGUCUUGCGGCAACCGUAUCAGAUUGAUUGUCUGUAAAGGUUAUGAUAGGGCUGAUGUUGACAGGGCUAUAGCCGAAGGAAGACUGACGAGGGGAGGAUCUGUUAGUAGUAGAUCGCAAAGUGUCAGCUCUUUGGACAUACCAGAUGAGGACAUCCAACAGGAGCAUCGUAUGAAGUCUGAACUGGUCCAGUUUGAGAAGGAAGAGGCAGAGCAAAGGUUACGUCUUCCUAGCACUUCAGAGGAGGAUCUGUCGCUCAUAGAACACAAAGCAGCUUCUCCAGCCGACAAAGUAUUGGAUGUUGUCAGAGCAGUGGAAACACUUGCUCAUCAGGGACCUGUGGAGAAUUCAAUUCCGCCCAAAUCGCCUGUGAACUCUGCAGAGCUCAAAACAACCACCAUUGUGAUGAGCAAACACACGCUGGCUCCACAAACUACCACUGAAUCACGACCAUCCUGCUUAGAGGCUCAAAGGCUGGAAGAAGAAAAUAUCCAAAUAUUGGAGAAAAACGAGGAUAAAAAUGUUUUGAAAGCCUCCAAGCCAAUUGUUCUCCCAAAACCUAUUACAUAUUUACCUCGUCUCUCAUUGAUUGAAGAUGAAACAGAAAACUUGAAAUACGACGGUUUCGACACCGAUAUUCACGUUAAAACUGUCCUUGAUACUGUGGAACCGCCAAAUGUAGAUGAAAUAUAUAUACCAAAGAUUAAAAAACAAGAGAAAAUUGAAAAAUCGAAGUCAAUAGAUGACCUCAUAUUGCCACCACCUCCAGAUUACUUCUUCUCAAGUGAUUCUGAUCUAAAAGCCUCCAAGGAUAGCUUAACCGAAGCUCCCUUAAUUGUUCCUGUAAAUGAAGCCCAUUUGAAACAACAUAGUUUCAAAAUUUUCGAAGAUUCUAGUAGAACGACUUCGCUGUCUAAGAGUUUCGACUCCUUAGAUAGACGAGAAGUGUCAACAACUCAUCAGUAUGAGAUAAAUAUCUACAAUACUUUGCCACCUACCAAUCAACAACCUCCCCCGUUAACAAACUAUGAGUACUCCCAAGGAAUUACUAGUCAUCCUUAUGCACAACAGUUGCCCUACUAUCAAAAUUAUCCAAAAUCCUCAACAUUACCCUACAAAAAUCACAAUGUUGUUGGACUUCCUUCAGAGCCAAACUCUGAAAUAUCUUACGAUAGAAGAUUCAGUUACAAUCCAUUUAUAAAUUACAGUUAUAGCAGCAAUCCUUUUUUGUCUGAUGAAAAUCAUUAUUAUCAACAAAAUGUUGAUACCACUUUCCAAAAUGAAAACUUUGCAAGUAAACCACCUCCACUCUCUUUCACUUCACCAUUUUACGAGAAUUCUAUGGACUUUAAAGAGCAAAAUCAAAUUCCUGAAACCGAGGCAAUCAUUGGAGAAGAUGAACAUGAUAUACCACCUCCUCUACCGAAAUCUGCGCCUCCUUUUGAAGAAAUUAGUACACCUAAAACUAAGUUCUCUAAAAUCCCACCUCCCUUACCAACAAGUCCUCCUCCCUUGAAUAGGAUAAACCAACCGAAGUUUCCUCUUAGAAAAACUGCAAUGAGGGGAUCUCAAAGUCAAGACAAAUUAGGAGUUAUGGAUUCAAAGAAAGAAUCACCAGAUUCAAAACUGACAGAACUACCUAAAUCGCUGAUUUUCAAUAAAAAGUUUAACAUGUUCGAAACCUCAAGUAAGCCGCCAACUUCUCCAAAAAAUAAUAAUGUGAAAUCGUCUGUCAGCGAUAGGAAGAAGUUUUUCGAGUCUGCAAUGGAGGAAAGUCAAAAGCCCAAUAAACCAGAAAAAGUAUUCAGUUACUUGAGCGCUGAUGAAUUGGAAAAAUUAAAAGCCGAGGAGGAUAAACUGAUCGCAAGAGAUCUUAAUGCUCUGCAUCUCAACUCUGCAGAUCAUUCCGAUAAUGACUCUGUGGGAUCUUCUAACACAAGGCCGUCCAGUGUUAUAGGUAUAGUAAGGACGGCCAAGGCCGAAAGACGUCUCAAGGACCAACUCAAAGAAAGUGGUCUUUUGACUGACGAAGAUGAAGCGAACCUCUCACCGGCUGAAUCAAAACAGAAAAAGGCGGAGAAAAGAGCGGCUUGGAGAGCAGCACGGCUGAAGUCUUUAGAACAAGACGCCAUCCAAGCUCAAAUGGUCAUUAAAUCAAUGACAGACAUGGUCGACUCCAACGAAGUACCAACUGUUCCCAACUCUGACAACCACAAAGAUGACGCGCAGUGUUCGAAUCCAAAAUCAAUAUCACUUUUUAAAUAGGUAUCAUGUCACUAAAACCUCUCAGGAUACCAACAUUUGUUCAUAUAUUUCUGUUCAAAAGCGUCACAUCUUUCACUAAUCAAAACAAAUUUGCACAAUUGGUUAUUAUUAUAUGAAAUUUUGCUCCAUAUGUUAUAAAACUAUUAAAUACUUCGAAAAAUCAGAAAUAGUUCUGAAAUAAAAUUAUAAUUCAACCUCAUUUCAUGUCAAAUAAUGUAUAAAAUAAAAUUAAAACAAAUAUUCCAUCAAUGUAAAUAAAAAUAAAUCAUAAAGACACAUUAUACAAAAUUACACAUUAGUUUGAUGCUGUUGGAAUAGGUGUUCUGGAAGCGAAAAAAAUUUAAUUAUUAGAUAAGAGAAUACUGGGUAGUUGAAGAAUUAAUGGAGAUGCUUCUUAAAAGAUUUCUGGAACUAAUUCUAAUUUAAAUCAUGUUUCUCGGUAUAUAGUGGUUAUGAACUAAAGUGAGUUACUAGAGGGUUCAGAAAUGUUCUGAAUGUUCUUUACAAUGAAUACGUUAUCUGGAAAGGAAUUCUGAGUCACAUCUCAAAUAUACUUCUUUCCACCUUUUCUAUGCUUGAAACACAUCAUCUCCAUAUUUUACGAUAUUUCAUAUUCCCUGACCUGAAGGAGAGAUCUUCCAGCUAUUUUUCAAAUGAUUAAAUAUUUGUAUGAAGAUCGGAAGCCAGAACUUCAUGAAGACGAUUAACCACGCACUGAAUUCGGUGUUAAAUACAAAUUCACCACAUAGCAAACACUGUAGCAUUCGAAUGAUAUAGAUAGAAUAAUAGAUAUUUGCUAAGGCACUUUUGUUACUGACUUUCCUCCAUUUUUUGUAACUAACCGCAUUCAUUAACUAACUUCGUACUGGACCUUGAACAUGUCCAGGCCUACAACGGUCCUUCCACUAACACCAAUGGCGUCGUUGCAUGCAA